AUGUCAACAUUGAAUGAUGCGAUGUGCGAACUUUGGCGGCUGUCGGCGGUCUCCACUGAUGUCGAGGGGACAUAUACUCUUCAUCCUGACGUAAAGGCAACCGUCUUGGAAAAACUGCCUUCAGCAUCCUACCCUUUUUGGCGGCUGCAAGCCCUCAUCACCGCGUACCGGGCUGUGCCAUGGAAAUAUCUCGAGGUCGUGGAGCCGCACUUGGGGGCGACUCUUACAACCCACGUGGCCCACACUUUGACGGCUGUUCGAGAACACGACGGUUAUGAGAGCCUGUCCAUGAGUGACAGAGUUGAUAUUGUACUGACGCUGAUCAAAGCUUCUCAAUUUCCUGGUAUGGAGUGGAAACGUCUUGCGGUUUCACAGGCAAAAGCGACUAUGUGCGGAUUACAAGAUCAAGCGUUAGAUCUCUUCCAGAACGAGGACUUGUCCUCAGCUAUGGAUACACUCAAAGAGUGGCGCCUAACCAAGCCCGCCUCUUCCACUAAAGAGGCAGUCCUGUUCCGCAUGAACCUCUUGCGUGGGAAAAUUCUACGUUUCCAAGGCAAGUUUCAAGAUUCUCUCGAGUGCCUGAGCAAGUCGAGAUGUGCGGCGGAACAACUUGGAGAGCUUCACUUCGACGAAGAUGCUACAGACUUGGUUGUCGAAGUCGCCGAUACGGUGAUAGAACUGAACGACCCAAUUCGCGCAGAACAGUUGCUAAAAGAGCAACUUGAGCGACAAUAUUACACUCCGGCUGCUCGCGCGCUGCUCAGCCUGUCCCUCGCUGAGUCCCUGUUCGCCCAACAAAGAUUCCUGGAGGCCGACCGACUCUGUCGUGAUGUUGAGUCACAGCAGUUGUCUAAGAUGGCAAGACUACGUCUAUGCAUCACAGCAGCUACGCUGCGUGGACAUGCGACGCGCAUUAUUUACGUCUCACUUUGCAAUGUACUUAAGCACUAG